AUGGACAGGACCAAACUUUUUGCAGCACUAGGAAUGCGUUCCACGGUCAUUACCACUCCUAUCAACGCGGCCUACUUUUAUAGGAUAAUAGAACGUUCCAGGUUCUUGGGUCUUGAGAUUGAGAUCCAAACCGUGAAGUUCCCAUCCCUGGAAGCGGAUUGCUGGAAGGGUGCGAGAACUUCGGUUUUCUCACUUCCAGGGAGAUCGCACCAGAAGAAGACAGUACUUUACGGCACCAGCUACUUCUCCACAUGUGCUGCCGAACUUCUCAGACUCUUUAACCCGCACAAGAAUGUUUCUUCCGAUUCCAAGGCCUUCACCAUUCCUAAACUUCCCGGGGACAUCCAGCUAACAAGGAUACAACUGCCUGAGUUCGCGAGGCAAGAGCCUGAAACAACCUUCACCAGGCUCCUCAAGCAAGUCCUUGAAUCCAAGCUCAAAAACUACGGAGUCAUAGUCAACAGUUUCUACGAGCUCAAACAGGCUUACGCGAUUAUUACCGGAACCCCAAGGGGAGAAAAGCUUGGCAUAUCGGUCCACUCUCUCUCUGCAAUAGAAAUACCGAAGAAAAAGCAAGAGGGGCAGGGAAGCUUCUAUUAG